ACGUGGAGCACCUGAAGGCAACAUCAAUACUGCAGCCGCCAACAGAGCCGCUAUAUCUGAUGAUGGUAGACUGUAAAGACGGAUGUUUAGGGUCGUCCCCGUUUAACCUGAACAUGCAACUGUAACUUGAUUCCUUUCCAGGGUAUUCGUUUAUUUAACUGUAGUCAGGAAUAUAACGUCUUUUUAAUAAUGGAGGACGAUUGUGUUUGUGAGUACGACUCGACCUGGGACACAGAGAGUGACGGAGAGGAGCCGGCCACAGAGAGCCAAACCCGUCGGUCAUGUCAAGACAAAAACAAAUCUGGCUGGACUUUAACUUGGCAUCAUACGUCCAGAAACAUGAGGGCAGCAAAGGACAUGCAGAACUACAGAAGAGGAUACCCAAAUCUUACAGAUGAUGAGUGCUCAGAAGACAAAAUGAACAAUUUGCAGUUUUAUCUCAAUAAGUUUCCUUCCGCUCCUGAUGAUGUCUACAUUGAAUCAUUCCUUAAGGACUGGAAAAAUGACUACAAAAGACUUGAGAGAGUUCACUCAUACAUUCAGUGGCUGUUUCCACUGCGAGAGCCUGGGGUUAAUUACAUGGCUUCAGAACUCACCAAGAAGGAAAUUGAGGCCUUCAAGAAGAAUGAAGAUGCCAAAAAAAGGCUUGUUGAGUCCUAUGAACUCAUGUUGGGCUUCUAUGGCAUCCGUUUGGUCAACAAAGAGACGGGCGAAGUGAAACGAGCUGAAAAUUGGAAGGAGCGUUUUGGAAACCUGGAACGGAAUAUGCACAACAACCUACGCAUCACUCGCAUUCUGAAGAGCCUUGGAGAGCUGGGCUUUGAGCAUUACCAGGCCCCUCUUGUGCGCUUCUUUCUUGAAGAGACGCUAGUCAAGAAGACCCUCAGCAGUGUUAAACGCAGUGUGCUCGACUACUUCCUGUUUGCUGUCCUGGACAAAGAGAAACGUCAGGAACUUGUACGCUUUGCUUACCUUCACUUUGAGCCAAAGGAUAAGUUUGUGUGGUGUCCCAGAAAAAUUCAGAAACAAUUCAGGAAGGCAGAGAAGAGGUCUGAUGCUAUUGGGAAUGGAGAUGGAAAAGAUGAAGUGUAUUCACGGAGUAAAAGCAAAGAUGGAGAAGCAGUUGUGCCACAAAAAGAGGAUGGACUCGAUAAAGUUACAAAGGCUCAGAAAGGAACUGAUAAAACAGCGAGUAAAGACAAAAACAAACUGUCUGAGGCAUCCCCUGAGCCAAAACCAGACGCUGAGACUGUCGGAAAUGGAAAUGAUGCGCCUGAGUCUCCUAAUGAAAUUUUGGGGAAUGGAAAUGACUCUUCAGAUGAUGUUGAUCAAAUGGAUCAGUCACCCAGUCCUGACACUGUGACAGCAAAAACCGAGCCCUGUGCUGACAGUGAGUACAAAUUUACCAAUAAUUCAAAGGCCAGCCUCCUUGAAGCAGACAACAUUAUGCAAACAGAUGAGGACAUAGACACUGAAAAACCACCAAAGAAGAAGAGAGAAGAUAACAAGGUGCUGCCAAGCAACGGCUCUGCUGGGGACUUCGCCAGCGGGCAGAUGGAGGAUAAAGCUGGUGCUAACAAAGCCACUGGUCAAAUGAGCCCUUCAGCGCAUACCCCCCUUAAGACUUCAAAACAUUCACCCUCUCCAUUUUUGGGGAGGGAGGAAAAAAUCCCAAGAACUGAUUUUAAUCAAGUGCCAGAUAAAAAGGAAGGGGAAGAAACGUCACAGGCAAAUGUGUCAGCAACAAAUGGGUCACUUCACACUGACAAAAGUGUGAAUGAACAGACAAAUGGCAGUGAUUCUGAGGAUAUUGAUAUGGAAUCAAACCCCUCAAGCUCAGAUCAGAAUGUGGGAAAUUAAUCAAUAAACUGGACGAUUUGGGGAACAAUACAUUAAUUUGAGUUAUAAUGAAAUGUAAUAUAGGGACAGAGUUUAACUUAGAAAGACUUCCUGGCCUUAUUUCUACCAUAUUUGAUGUUUGGUUAUGGAUUGUUUUCACUUUGAAGGAUUAUAUGAAUUCAUUCACUAAAUGUAGGACUGGAUGGUACUCAGUUUCUGUGUGGCCAACAGAUGACAUUUAAGGAUAAGGUUGGUUAUAUUCUGUGUUUCUGUUACUGUCAACAAAUCCAGGUCAAAAAGAUCAAUCCAACGGAAGACUUGACAGGACGCUGCGACUUGCAAACGGCCCAUGGGAGAAGUUAAAGCCCUUUCUGACAGAAGAACUUCUUAGGAAGUCAGGUGACAUUAUAAAAGGCUAUAAAGUCCGUCUAGGUGGCAGGUCGUGGUGAACAAAUGGGUCCAACACAGGACUUUUCACCCAGGAGACAUGCCCCAUGCAAAACUUACUGUUAUACUGUUGACUGAUUACUGUGGGGGUUUUUUCAACUUUCUCUAGCAUUUAGGAUAGGUAAAGUAUUUGGUUAGGUGUAGGAGAAGAUCCUAGUUUUGGUUAAAGUAGACCGUUUCACAGUGUUAACCACUUGUUAGAAAGGGCUUUCUGUCAGAAAAGGUGCUACUUCUUAGUGCAGAGACAAGAGGCUAAUUAUUGCUAGCAUUGCUAGCUUGAGCAAGCUAAUGAGUGCACAUAAAAAGAAAAGAAAAACUCAACUGCAAAAUAUUUUUAAUGAACCUGCUGCUCUUUGAUUUACGACUUAAUUUCCAAUAAAUCAUUUUUAUUUUUUUUUGUAAACUACAUUUAAGGAUCCGCUCAGUAAAAAUUACUCUCUUUCUCAGAGUUGUGUUACCACAACAAUUCUCUCGCUCAGCAAAAUACUUCCAUCAACGAAUCAGUUCAUACUGAAAUAUGUCUAUUGUAACUUUGCAUUAAACCCAUAUAGAGUGUGGCCUUGACAUUGUAACAGCAGAAGACAUGCUAGCAUUCAUAGUUUGCCCAGUUACCCCAUCAGCCACACAACAUUCACCUCGUAGCUGUCUGUUUAGUCUCCCCAAAACCAGCAGUGCAUUUGUUCAAUUUCCUUACCUUGCCUGUGUCACUCAGCUCUAAACUCAGUGGUUGUUAUGAAAGACAUAUAUCUAAUAGUUUUUCAGCUGGCAACCAAAUAUUUAACAGAAGUAAACUGUUUUUGUUGGGCACCAUUUUCAGACAGAUUUGGGAGCAUUUACAGCAGCAGGACAGUGUUAUGUGGGAUUGACUGAAACGGUACUGCUCAUGUUUAUCUACCUAAAAUCGGAGGAAUCUUUGUUGCUGGAGUUUCUCAACAACCGUUUAUCUGAUUGACUUCACAUUUGGCAGGUGUAUUUCUGAGGAAGUGCAGUGGUCAAGUGUGAAGUGGUUUGGACAAGCAGUUCUUGAGAAAAAUGGAAAAAAAAACCAGGCAUUUUAAACGCGCAGUGUACUAGUUGCAUUGAAGCAACAUACCUACUAAUGCAACAGUGUGGCUUGUCGGUGUCUUUUAAUAGUAGGAUAGCAAUGGAAAAAUGUGGCACACACAUGCAAUACUUGAAAUUGAAGUAAAUUAAUUUUUGGUUUUGGUCUUUUGUCGGGAUUUGUUGACAAGAAAAAUACUGGAACAUAACCAGAACUAUCCUCUCUAGGUAAUGACUCAGCAACUGAUAUCUGCAGGAUGCGUAAACCUGUAUUGAUGUAUAUCAAUGAAAUGACCGUUUUUGCAUUUUUAUUUUUAACACCUUAAUACUUUCACAAUUGAACAUUUUUAUGCACUGAAGAAUAAUUAAUUGGAAGAGCUUUUUUUCUUUUUGAGCUGUUUUUGUGUGAGUGAAAACAUUCUGUCCUGGUUUGCAUUUCUGCCGGAGCCUGCUGUUCAAACGGAUUCAAGACUGAAUGUCUCUUAAAUUAUGUUUCACUAAUGUUGCACAAUCUGCAUGUUUUCAUGCAGAUUUGAGAAGUAGACUUCUGAACAACUGAAAGCCUUGCCAAAAAUGUGAUAAGACUGGUUGAUUGUAUGAUAUGUAUGUCCUCUUGGCAGAAUGGAUAAAGCGUUGGCUAUAAUUUAAAGUCCACUGUACAUUAAUUUACAAGCCAGGGUCAUUAUAUUGAUGCAUCUUUUUAUAUUUGCACUUAAUUUUUCUGUAUUCAUUGUUAAAAUUAUGGUAUUUACAUAAUGAAAUGGUUAAAAAAAAAAAACUUUACAAAAGUGCUGAAUUCUUUAUAUGUGGACCCCCCCUC